CUCGCACAAGAAAUCUCAUGGCGCUGACUGCACAUGGCGCACCCGGCUGGAUGGCAUUAACCAUUGACUUCACCACCAAUGUCGAUGAGUUUCAGGUAUGGAUGUGUUGCGGAUAUUUCGUGACCUCUGCGCGGCAAGUGCUAAGGUCCCAGGCCCGGCCGUAGUAUGGCAUUCCUAACAUGCCAGCGUCGUGGACGCUGUUCCUUCUGGGUGACGGGUCGCCGACGUACCAACUUGGCCUUCUCACCGGGUUCAAGACCGAAGUGGACGUGAUCGACUUUUCCUGCAUCAACGGGUCGUUGGACAAUGCGCCGAGCGACAUUGCAGAAAUCCGAGAGCCGCGGCAUCGGCGCCAAGUGUGGCUUCGAAAUACCAACGGCGAGCGCUUGGGGUAUGCGGCGUCCUGGUGGAGCAGUGGCGACAUUGACUCGAUCUUUGGCCAAAACCGGACGUUCCCCAUUGGAAGCAGCAUCAAGGCCAACAAAAAGGAACUGUUUCGGGAUAUGAAGUCUGUCUUCCACGGCCGUUCUGCUGCACUGGAAAAGGAGUUUGGCCACCCAGGUCCUUUCUGGGGCCGGUCGUACUUGUUCUGGCAGGGAGGCAAGCCUCUGACGCUGAUCUACGAAGUGUUUUCGCCUGCCCUUUGCAAAUACCUUGGGCCAAUUGACACUCCUUCGACUCGACAAAUGCAUUGUUAGCUAUCCACCCAAAAGAUCACAACUAAAUGUAAACAUUUUUUCUCGUCCACGUGCUUUACACCAGCGUUGACGCUGAAGUCGUGCUCGUCGAGUAGCCUCUCCGAUUUCUAC